AUGACUGAUAUAAUCGAAAAUUUGGAACUUGAUCGAGAUAUCAUUCCUUCCGAAGAAAUAGAGGAGCAGUUCAGCAAAAAAUACCAUUUACUGACAGAAACAUCAGUAACACUUAAAACAACAUAUGUUGAUACAAUGAGUGUCAGUAGAGCAUUAAAAAUUGGAGUAAGUCUCCAAGAUAACACAUUAGAGGUGUAUGAAUUAAAUAGUUCAUCAUUACAACAUGUAAGUCGUUUACAAGGCCAUGACAAAAAAAUUACAGAGAUUAGUUUUCAUCCAAAGCAGGAAAGUCUUUUAUUUUCUACUGGUUUAGACGGUUACAUUAAGUUAUGGGAUUUACGAAUGAAUGGCGAAUGUGUUCAGGAGUUUAAAGAAGAUGCUGACUCCCCAAUCAGGCCCUAUGAGUGUAUGGAUGUAUCGGACAAAGGAAAUGUGUUUUGUACAGGCAGCCAACUUGUAAAAGAUGAGUCUUAUAUUGUUUUUUGGGAUCCUCGUACAACAAAGCCCUUGGGAGCUUACUGGGAAAGUCAUACUGAAGACAUCAUUCAGGUGAAAUUUAAACCAAAUACUAACACAGUUUUGACAUCUGGUGCUACUGAUGGUCUUAUUAAUAUAUUUAACCUGUUGGAACAUGAAGAAGACAGUGCCCUGCUAUACUCACUGAAUGUUGGCAACUCUGUGGAGAAACUUACUUGGCUCAAUGACGACCAACUGGGCUGCGUUACACAGUCUGAUGACCUACAGAUAUGGAACACAGCCACUGGUGACAUGAUCAAAGAAUAUAGUAGAGAUAAAGUUGCUAGGAGUAUUAAGAGGAGCAGAGAUGAUGAUUGUUAUGUGGUAAACAUGUUCCCUGGUCCUGACAAUAAUAACUGGGUGCUGGCAGGCUCUCAUGGUGGAAAUGGCAACACUCUGAGGUCACUUAGUAUCGCUGACAAACGAUUAUCGCCUAGCACAGACUUUGUCAACAACAAACAAAUUGUUAGAUGCUGCCACUUUGAUACACAUAAUAACCUCUUAAUAACAGCAGGUGAGUCAGGUCUAAUCAGCGUAUGGAGUGAAGAGCAAUCACGCGAACGUGACGUCGCGCAUGUGCACAAAAACGAUAAGUUGCAUGCACAUAGACAUAGACCAUACUAG